AUGGACCAGUCUGUGCAGGAGCUGUUUCUGAACUUCACAGUAGUCUUGAUCACUGUGCUGCUCAUGUGGAUCCUAGUCAAGACCUACCAGGCCUGA